AAGAGUCAGCUAGAGUGCCUCAACGCAGCUUCUUCACACAGAAUACCAAUGAGUUCCGGGAGAUCAACCGUGAUGAAGUACGGACAAAACGCCUGGGGUACAUACUCGGAGGAUUUCACAUGGAUAACAAGCAUGAAGCCUUCAACACAAUGCCGAGAGAGCAGCAGGAGGCUGCAGCACAAUCCAGCCAAUCCGCGCAAAAUCGGGCAUCGGGAUCUCGUCAACCUGAGAAUGAAUACAAGUACGUUUUGGUGAAAAGUUUGCAUAGUAAUGACAAGAGAGUGAUCCAGGUCAUUGAAGACUCCGGUACUACAAGCAACUUCAUAUCGCGGGACCUGAUCGAACGACUCGGACUUGAAUGCAAAAGAGGGUCUUUCGUCAUACAUGAGACAAUCACGGGCGAGAAGUUCGAAUCUCUCGAUUUCGUGGAACUGAAAUUUUGUGGUGCGAGAGACCAGGGCUUUACUUCUUUCUAUGCUGCGCCCCCAAGCUCCAGUAUCGAAGGUCUGGUCGUUGGAAAGACGUUCCUUCAAGAUAACCCCGGUGUCUUAUGGGACCAGCCACCAGACUCCAAAGUAUUUCUCACGGUGCAGAAGCAGAUCAAGAAGGGUGAACGCGAGGAAAUUGCAGCCGCUGCAGUCAGGAUGAGAGAGCAAUCGGCGCAAAUCGCCCGUUUAAGACAGCAGCAGCAACAAUACCGAGGGAUUUUCCCGCCCUCUCCCCCAAGUUUUACGUCUUUGUCAAGCCAAGGGCCGACGGAUAUCAGGGAAUUUGUGAAUAAGACUGAUGAAAGAUGAAAUACAUGAAAGGUGCUCAUACUGUUAUAGGUAUCUAGGAUUUGGAUUUGGGUUCAUUACCAAUUUCAUCAUUCAUCACACAUCGCCCCUCCAGUCGAGACUCUACGAUAGCAACAUUGUGUCCCCAUGUCAUUCACCGCAUUUUGUAGUUCAAAGAAUAAAUGAAACGGUC